UGGGUACUGAUUGAUAAAAACCGUACAGAAAGUGUGAACCAAUAUACAAGAAUCAGCAUUAUGGAUAAAGUCUCCAUCACCAGCCUUAGCUCCAGUCUCAGUAAUUCAGGGCUGACCACAUCUCUGCGAGUUCAGUUUACUGGGGAUAUGGAACAAACGGUCACCUGGACCCGAGAUGGAGGAGACCUGCCCGAGGGCCACCAGCUGAGUAAAUUUAAUGACACCCUCACUGUACGGAGCACGGACUACGGGACAUACAGAGUGACUGUUACUAACUCAGUGAGUGAGGACCACGCUCAGCUCACACUCACAGGUAUUUAUUAAACGGAAGAUGCUGAAUCCAGAUAUUAAACCCCAGUGUGAGGAUAUUGUUACAGCUCAUCGUACAGAGCGCGUGGAACUCCAAGAAUCCGUCUAAUCCUGCACGAAGUAUUAUAUAAA